UCUUUCUCAUCAUCCACUUCGCCAAUUAUUCGUCUCCAUCUUUAUCUUCAGCGGUUGAAAACAAUUUUGUCUGUGUACUUUGAUCAUCGAAAAUGUUUCGAUUAAGCAAUAACCUAGUUGGGAUAUUAAAUUUCAUAACUUUCCUCCUCUCGAUCCCAAUCCUCUGGGCCGGAGUAUGGCUAAGCAAGCAAGGUGCGACCGAGUGCGAGCGUUUCCUAGACAAGCCAGUAAUAGCGCUUGGAGUCUUUCUAAUGGUCGUUUCCCUUGCGGGUCUCAUCGGUGCUUGCUUCCGCGUCACAUGGCUACUCUGGGUUUAUCUUGUAGUCAUGUUCUUACUUAUCGUCAUCCUCUUCUGCUUCACAAUUUUCGCUUUUGCUGUGACCAACAAGGGUGCUGGUGAGAAUAUCUCGGGUAAAGGUUAUAAGGAGUAUCGUCUUGGUGAUUACUCUAAUUGGCUUCAGAAACGGGUUAGCAGUACUAAGAAUUGGAAUAAAAUCCAGAGUUGUAUAAAGGACAGCAACGUUUGCCAAAGCUUGAUCGGAUCUCAAACACCCGCUGACCAAUUCUUCAAGGAACAUUUAUCCUCUUUACAGUCUGGGUGUUGUAAGCCAUCGAAUGAUUGCAACUUUCAAUAUGUAAACGCAACAACUUGGACUGAGUCAACCAAUUCAACAAGUGAUAAGAAUCCUGAUUGCAAAGUGUGGCAAAAUGACUCAAAUGUAUUGUGUUAUGGUUGCCAGUCUUGCAAGGCUGGGUUGUUGGAUAAUCUGAAGCGUGACUGGAAGAAGGUGGCGGUGGUGAACAUUAUAUUCCUCAUCUUCCUUAUCAUUGUUUAUUCAAUUGGGUGCUGUGCUUUCAGGAAUAACAGGAAGGAUAAUCACUAUUAUCCAACUAGAUAGAUUGUGUUGUAGGUUUUGAGCUUAUAACUCUUGUUUACUGCUGUAUUCAUUGAUUUGGUUGUUUUUUUUUACUCUUUGGCUUGCUUGUAUAGCCUAUAGCUCUAUUAGCUGCUAUCUUAUUAUUAUGCCUGGAUGAUUCACUGUUUCAUUACUAGUUUUAUUAUCAUUAUAUCCUACUACUUGACAUUUACCAA